UACUUGUUUGGUGAACGCGCGUGUCAGUGCGUCGCUACUACUGCGCCGAUUAAGUGCGAGCUUUCGUGAGUCGCUCUCCGCGGGUUCGAGUGUCCAAAAAAAAAGUCGAUAUACACAGCGAUCGCUGCUGUUCUUUGUUUUUCUUUCAUAAAUUUUUAAUCAAUUAAGUAAGUGAAUCGUGCACACCUCGCAACAAUGAGAGCAUGGAGCCGAAGCUCGAUCAUCCUGGCGAUUCUGUGCCUCAACUGCUUGCUGGCGGGCAGCCGAGCUAAGCUCAAGAAGCUGACCAAGCACCAGAACUACCUGAAGAACAUGAUCGACUCGAGCAAGGUGGCGUUCUACAACACGAGCGUCGUGCACGCCCAGUGCCUCUACGAGACCAACUGGACCUCGAACAAUUGCACGUUCCAUCUGGACCGGUACGGCUUCGACGACGACCCGACGCGCAAACUGUCCUGCGCCGUGCAGCUGCGCGCCAGCGACGUGGCCGAGGACCAGGACCAGGUCGUCGUCACCACGGACAUCGGCCUCGUGCCCUUCGGCAGCGACAAGACCAUCGUCCACUGGACGGUGAAGACCGAGGACCACAAGGCCCAGGUGUAUCGCAUCGCCGUGCUGCACUUCGCCGAGGACUGCCGGCUGGACUACACGUCGCUCGACAUACCCGAGCGCUCGAGCGCGGGCCACUUCAUCACCUACGACGACAAGUUCGAGAUCGUGUUCUGGGAGCGCGUCGACGCCAACGACUCCAAUCUCAACAUCUACAAGAUGUCGAUGGACGACAGGGGCAAGAUUCUGAGCAACGCCGUGACUCUCUUCAGCAACGACAAGAACAACGACGUCAAGUAUCUGCAGCUGGUGCCGCUGCCCGUCAACAGCUUCUCCAAGAGCUACCUGCUGAUCGAGCAGAACUAUCCGGACGGUACCAACGGCUUCGGAGGACGCAACGCCAUCGUCUCGCUCUUCGGUGACGACGGUACCAAGCUGCCGCUCAAGAGCUACCCCGUCAUACUCGACCAGAACAAGGUCGAGUACGUGAAUCCGAUCUACUCGACGGCUCACGACCUGAUCGGCACCUGUUCGCGCCUCGAUCACCAGGUCAGCUGCGCCCAGUACGAUCUCGACGGCCAGGCCAAGUUCGACGUCACCCUCGACUUCAAGCGCCAGCUCCAGGAAAUAGCCAUGCUGAAUCUGCCCGCGGGUGGCUUUCUGUUGCUCACGGUCCAGUGCGCCGAUCCCAAGUGCCACGGGCGCGAGCAUCGCUACCGCGUCAGUCGUUUCGACGACAAGGGCGCCAAGGUGGCCAGCCUCAAGGACGAGAAGUACGCCUGCUCGGGCCUGAAUCGCACCACCAGCGCGAGAUUCUUCGAGACCGAGCUCACGGGCGAGUACUGCGUCUCGCUCAUGUGCAAGGAGAAGUAUCUGUAUCACGUGAGGCGCGACCGCGGCGAGGUGUUUCGCCUGGACGCCAAGUGCUUCGGCGAGAAGGACCUGAAACCGGUGCAGCAGGCCAACAAGGGAUUCUUCGAGUCGGUCGAGGAGUUUUUCGACGGUCUCUUCGACUCCACGACGGCUGGACUCUUUACUCGAUAA